AUGUCUACUCCUAGCAAAGUAAGGAGUGAUUCAGGAAGCAUUUACGAUGGUUCUACUGAAGUGCAGAUAGAUCUAGGGGAUCAAGAUUUACCUCAGAGUGGUAGCAAUAGUUUGGCACUGCUGAACGACCAUCAUUUAGAAAGCUUAUCGAUUGAGGAUGGAAAUCCUUAUAUCCUUGAGGACGAUAAGCCACCUGCGUAUCAAUCAGCCAGAUCUGUAGACCAACAAGCAAAUCCAAAACAUGAUACUACGAAAUCAACUUUACCAAUAUCUUCUCGUACCUCAGAAGAUAUGAAGUCAAACACAAGAAAUUCACCUCUAAGUGAUAAGGAAUUUCCUGAAGCUGCUACUAAAAACACGCAUGCAACGCAACUACAUACAAGAAAGGGGCUUUCAACGUACACACGCAGUGAGAAAGAAAGAUCUCCUACAAGAUCUGAUGCAGGGUUUGAUGAGAAGACUUCGAUUAGUGGAGAUGAUAGGGACGAUGAAUCAAGAUCUGAGAUACAAAAUAUAAUGGACCAAUUCAGCGAAGAAGGCCAUGGCCCCGGACAUGAAGAAGUCAUGUCACCUAGGCUAGAGGUUGCUGGACCACUUCUUGGAGGGUCUCUACAACACCCGCCAAGAAAGUCAAGCCUAGAAGCUUCAAAUCCCCCUACACAGUGUUUCCGAAGCCAACAAAUAUCCAACACAGAUCUAAGAAAAGAAGUUACUGAUCUAUCUGACGUUGGUCCAGCCGUCCCACCAAAAUCUGGCACAAUUAGUAAUACUGUGCCCCCCCGUUUUUCUGAAGAGUUACAAACAUCUCAAACCCCUAUGUCACCAUCAUUACAUCGGCCACCUCCGCCAGAGCCCGAACCGGAACCGGAUCUCCCAUUUGAUUUUCAUCGAUUUUUGGAACAGUUGCGGCAUCGAACAGCUGAUCCUGUCGCUAAAUUCCUUCGAUCCUUUUUACAAGAGUUUGGCAAAAAGCAAUGGAUGGUACACGAACAAGUUAAAAUAAUAAGUGAUUUCUUAGCCUUCAUAACAAACAAGAUGGCGCAAUGUGAUGUAUGGUGUGAAGUUUCCGAUGCCGAAUUUGAUAAUGCAAGGGAGGGUAUGGAAAAGCUAGUCAUGAAUCGGUUAUAUACGCAAACUUUCUCGCCUGCAAUCCCGCCGGCUCAGCCAAUUACAGCUUCUAAGCAUAGAAGAAGAGGUCCUGAGCGUCUAAUGGGGCCUGGACGAAGAGGUCAACAUCAAGAGGAUGUUGAACGGGACGAAAUUCUCGCACAAAAAGUCAGUAUAUACGGAUGGAUUAAAGAAGAGCACUUGGAUAUACCGUCCGUAGCUGAAGGGGGUAAAAGUUACCUCAAACUAGCUCAGCAAGAGCUACUCAAGAUAAAGACCUAUCGCGCACCACGUGACAAGAUAAUUUGUGUCUUAAAUUGUUGCAAGGUAAUUUUCGGACUCCUCAGGCACUCUAAGUUCGACUCUUCUGCAGAUUCUUUCAUGCCAUUACUCAUAUAUGUUGUUCUUCAGGCAAACCCAGAGCAUCUGGUAUCGAACGUGCAAUAUAUUUUGCGAUUCAGAAACCAGGAGAAGCUAGCAGGGGAGGCAGGAUAUUAUUUAUCAUCUCUGCUUGGGGCUGUUCAUUUUAUAGAAAACUUAGAUCGGACAACACUAACUAUCUCUGAUGAAGAUUUUGAAAAGAAUGUCGAGGCUGCUGUAUCAGCUAUUGCAGAAAAGCAUCAAGCUCAAAUAGAAGAUUCUUUGCCCUCCACAGAAACAUCAGUAGAUAAUCAGGAUACUGCAACUCAUCAAUUGAAAAAUAUUGAAUACUCAACACCAAGAAAGAAAAGUGUCGGCGAUUACGACAAUGGUUCCACGACUGAUGAGAAAGUUGCCAUUGGUGGUUUACUACGUUCUAUUCAACGGCCUUUAUCCUCAAUUGGUCGCAUGUUCUCAGAAGAUAUAGCACUUGCUCAAAAUAAUUCUCAAACUGGAUCUGUGCGAACAACACAAGCAAGUUACACGCAAAUCUCAAGGCCUGCCUCACCAUCUAUCUCAAAGGAUUGUUCACAAACUACACCUCAAGCAACCGAAUCACAAAAUAUACCCCCUCACAUCAGUAUACAAACCGGAGUAGAAUUAAACGAGGUUUCAGGCUCUGGGAUGCCAGAAGUUCGGCAUGCGCAGCGAACUGAUUACGCAAAUGUUGUGGAAACAUUGGCUGGAAUGUUUCCAGAUCUUGAUAGAGAUGUAAUAAGUGAUGUUGUCACUCAGAAGAACGGAAGGGUUGGCCUUGCAGUUGAUGUCUGUCUUGCCCUAAACUCUUAA